UUCCUAGCUAAUACCCUCAUAACUCAUUCACAUCGAAGACAAUUCUUUAGUUUGAGUUCCAGAGUUUGCCUUUUCCUUUCUUAACCCUUGUUUGUUUCCCUAGAAAAAGAAUUUCCCACCCAUUUUGCGACAAAACCUUGCUGCUGAAAACCCAUUUUGCAACAAUCAAUCUUCUUCUCAAAUAUUCUCAAUCAAUCUUCUAAUUGCUCUUUUCUUCUCAAUCUUCUUCUCGUUGGAAUUCGUCUAAUUGCUUUGUUCUUCUCAAUCUUCUUCUCGUUGCGAUUAGGGCAAAAGGUUUUAGGGUUUAAUCAAUCUAUCUUCUUCUUCUUGUGAUUAGCAAACACUAACAUUCCAACAUUGGUCAGCUCUCGGCAAGCUUGGAGCUUCAAGCGCCUGAGGUUUCGACACUUGAGAGAUAUUAAAACAAGUGCAUCAUCCCCAGUGCCGACGGAUCUAUGGUCACAUUUGAGAUUUGAUUUGGCAUUGAGAGAGAGAUGGUGACGACUUUGUCCCUUGAUUCUGAGCAAGCGACGACAUACUAGAGAGCAUCUUUUGCGAUCACCGGAGCUAAGAGACUGGAAAAUGCAAGCCAAGCACUCUCUGGGCAGAUUUGAGAUGAAAUCAGACACUUCGUCGACAUGUUCAUGUGCAACAAUGUUGUACUUUUUUCUUUCUCAAAAUUUCUUUGAUUUGCAGGCUGUUUUGUCUGGGGUUUUUCAGCUAUCAAACUCAACUUUAACAUGAGAUAUUGAAAUUUCUGUUCUUUUUUUUUUUUUUUUUUUUUUUUUUUUUUUUUAAAUGUGAUGUUUUGAUAAACGAAUAUUUAGAUGUUGAUAGUUUAAUGACUGAAUGGAUUUUUAAACAGGAGUUCGAGCCCACGAAAAUUGAGUUGCUGGAAGAUGACGAGGUUUUGUUGUUGGAGUUUUCCGGGAACCUUCCAGUUGGGAUGGGUGUUUUGGCUAUUGGAUUUGAGGGAAUGUUAAAUGAAAAAAUGAAAGGAUUCUAUAGAAGUUUCACAGGUGACUCAAGACAGGUCGCAAAGUGAACCUUUGUCACCAAAUCGAGCUAGUUUCAUUUCUGAACAAAACAAGCUUCACACAAAGGACUUGGAAGAUGUCCAAACCAUGGAGGAAACUAGAGAAGGGAGACCAAGCUCUGAACAGAAACUUUAACCACCAGAAGAGUUCAACACUGUAUUACAAAGAUGUAGGAUUACAUGACCAAAACUAUUCAGCAUCAAAAAAGAUUGUUGGAAAAGGUGACUCAUUUACUCCUAAUGGUUUCCCUCCUUUAGGAUCUUGUUUAUCCACUGGACAGGAUAGAGAACAAAACGACCAGCCAUCUGAUGUGAAACAGAAUCCAAUUGGUUCAGGCCAUGACAAAGUUACUUCUAGUGUUCCUAGGGGGAGAUUUGUGCAUUUUUUAGUGAAGUUUUGGUUGAAGUACCAAUUACAUGUGAAAUCAAUAUCACUAACACUGGCUUUGAAAACAGUUCAAAGCACAGUGUAGCGGGCAAGACAAGUGAUGCCACAGAGAAGCAACCGGCAAGGAAACUAAGCAGAAUUUUCAUGGUGGUUUUUGUUAGAAUUUUUUGAAUGAUUGAGAAGUAUUAACUAUUGUUCAUAGUUAAUUUUCCAAUCAUCUAGGUAUUAGAUUGCAUGGAUGUAAAGGAUGUUGGAUGCCUAUUUAUUAGGCAUAUAUGCAAACUUUUUGUAUAUGGAGGUUCACCAUCAAUGA